AUGGCUGAUGCCCGACAGCUUCGAUGGCCUUUCGGCUUCAGGGUGGAUCCGCCCAUUGCGUGCCGCAAGCGUCUGGCCGUUGCCAUGAGUCUGUCGAUCCGGACGCUGCCGGAAGUCCUGGUGCAAAUCGAAGGGUUGCUCCGGAGCUCUUCCAAGUCGUCGCGCGAACUGCCACGGCAGACUUCGUCCUUCAACAGCGCCCUGCGCAAGAUGCAGGACUUCUCCCGGGCUAUUUCUUCUAACCCAGUGCAGGAGGAGAGCGCAGAGGACGAUGUUUGUAAGGAGCGCUUCGAGAUGCACCCGGACUGGCAGAAGAUCUCUGCUGCUGCACCAACUUUGCAAAAGCGAAGGAGCACCAUCACCCGCCGCAGCUCUUUCGAACUCGUGCAUGCUCCGUUGGGACUGAGGCAGAGUGGAGUUCGCGCAAGGUGUGCCAAGGGCAUGUCCUUCCUUAGCGUGGUCUUCAUCUUCCUGGGCUUGAUGGUGCUUCCCCUCUACGCUUUCGGCCUGGAACAUGGCCUUUUUGACGGCAUCACGAUCGCCUUUUGGUCACUUCUUCUAGUCGCCCAAGGCCCGAAGCCGGUGGAGAGGUCGAGGAAGCGACUCGCCGCGUGGAUUUUGGAGGCUGCCUUCCUGGUGGUCGCGAGAGUGGGCCUGGCGCUGUGGAGGCCCACUUCCUCCUCAGCUCCACUUGCCUGGGGCAGCGUCUCUGCGUUGCAGCUCUUUCGGCUCUGCACCCUCCCGUAUUACUACGAGCAUUCCGGGGUAGCUGCCUUUACCCACAACGUGCUUCGAAAGACAAGCCGGGAAGUGCGUGCCACCUGGAACGUAUCUUGGAUGGGGCUGGUGUCCCUGUUCUGUCUGCAUUGCUUGACCUGUGCGUGGUUCGGCGUUGGCUCACAAGUGGGUGGCUGGACCGAAGAUGCUGAGUUGGCUCGCCUUGCGUGGCAUGGGCAGUAUGUCCGAAGCAUGGAGUGGGCUUUGUCAAGGCUGCCGCCGUCACGCAUCACCGAGAACAUGGAGCUACAGACCCAGGCAGAGCGGCUACUCGCGGUCCUCAGUACAGCGCUUGCUGUACUCUUUGCGUCCAUCUUUACAUCGGUGGUCACCAACGACAUGUCGGACUUGCGCCGAUUGAAGCGGAUAAGAAAGGAGGCAGAGGACAGGCUCUGCGAUUUUCUCGAGGCGCACCCGGUGCCGCAUGCACUGGAGCAGCAACUCAGCAGCUACGCACGUCGGCACAUGUCAAGGGUGGCGCCGCCGGGCAAAGAGGAGCUCGCAGGGUCCUUGCCUCACUUUCUCUACGAGGAAUUGUGCUGUCAGGCCUUCACUCCCAUCGUCAGCGGCCAUUCCUUGUUUCACAGCCUUUGUAGCAAGUACUCGGCCUUCCAGCGUGAGCUGUGCGUCCGUUGCUUUGUGGAGUGGCACGUUAUGGCACAAGAGACACUCUUUCUACCUGGAGUACAAUGUGAGAGCCUGCUUUUUGUAGUGCGCGGUGGCAUCACCUACAGCAAGGCUCGCCUGCCCUCAGUGGCAGGCUCCAUCACCAACACUGCUUGGGCUCAAAUCUUGCCCACUUCGGGACCCGAGGUGUCGGUUUCAAGUCUUUCGGAAGGUGUGUCGGUUUCAAGUCUUUCGGAAGGUGAUUGGCUCUGCGAGCACUGCCUUUGGACAACCUGGAACUAUCUGGGACAAGCCCGCGCUGACUCCGGAGCCGACAUGCUCUGCCUAAGCCGCGACAAAGUGUGUGAGCUGGCCCAGGCAGGUGUUGGGACUGUUGAUGAUACUAAACCUGCAUUAACCGCGAUCAGGAAAAGAUAA